AUGGCUGAUAAGCUACUACCUGAGCAAGAGGUCAACUGGAGCGAUGGUAAGGAUACAUCACCUCCUGCACUGCCUGCAGCGAAGGAUGAAAAAUUAUCCCGGGGAAAGCAAUUGUUCAUCGAGGAAGAAAAUAUAAUUCUAGCUUAUAAACAAAGAGACAGUGAAAUGGCAAAGGAAUAUGAACACUUCACCUUCCCAGCUCUCUCGCCUUGUAUCGCAACUCUGAAAACUCGAGAAGAUGUAUCGAUUCCAUCCCAGUCCACACGUCACCCUUCAGACUUCCCGUCGUAA